AUGGCGCUCAACCGGGUCGGAUUCCUGGCCAUUGCCAUGGUAUUUCACCUGGUGUACAUCUAUUCCAUAUUCGACAUCUACUUUGUCAGCCCCAUCGUUUCUGGCAUGCAAUUGUUUGAAUUAAACCGGCCCGAGGGAGCGAAAGCACCGGCAGACCGUCUUGUCCUGUUCGUUGGCGAUGGACUACGCGCAGACAAGGCCUUCCAAUCCUUCCCCGAUCCCACUCCUGAGUCCGAGGACACCGAUCUGACCCCGCGGCCUCUUGCGCCGUUCCUCCGCUCGCGCGUCCUGGAACAUGGCACCUUUGGCGUUUCGCACACGAGAGUCCCCACCGAGUCGCGACCCGGCCACGUUGCUCUGAUCGCGGGUCUCUACGAAGAUGUCUCCGCAGUGGCGACCGGCUGGAAGCUAAAUCCUGUCAACUUCGACAGCGUGUUCAACCGGAGCAGGCAUACGUGGAGUUGGGGUAGCCCGGAUAUCCUGCCCAUGUUCGAAAAGGGAGCUUCACCGGGCCGCAUUGAUGCAUACUGUUACGAUGCCGAAUUCGAGGACUUCAGCCAGGACGCUGUGCACCUGGAUCAUUGGGUCUUUGACCACGUAAAGGACUUAUUCGCCGAGGCCGAGAGGAACAAGACUUUGAACGCGGCCCUGAAACAAGACAAGAUUGUAUUCUUUCUCCACCUCCUUGGAUUGGAUACGACUGGGCAUUCAUACAGACCCUAUUCGAAAGAGUACCUGAACAACAUCAAGGUUGUUGACCAGGGUGUAAAGGAGAUUACUGAAUUGAUCAAGAAAUUCUAUGGAGACGACAGAACGGCCUUCGUUUUCACGGCUGAUCAUGGGAUGAGUGACUUUGGAAGCCAUGGAGAUGGCCAUCCCGAUAAUACAAGAACCCCGUUGAUUACCUGGGGCUCAGGGGUCGCAAAACCCGUGGUUCAUCAGGGCUCGGUCGCUCCAGGGCACGACGAUUACUCCUCGGACUGGAACCUUGACCAUAUCAAGAGACAUGAUGUUCACCAAGCCGACGUAGCAGCCUUGAUGGCAUAUCUGGUUGGCGUCGAAUUCCCUGCCAACUCUGUUGGAGAGCUUCCACUGUCGUACUUGUCCGGGACCAUUCGCGAGAAGGCAGAAGCAUAUCUGGUGAACGCACAGGAGAUUUCAGAGAUGUAUCGUAUCAAGGAAGUCAGCAAGAAGACGACCCAACUGAGAUACAAGGCCUACAAACCGCUGGGCGCAAACGCCAAAGCUCCUGAAGACCGUUUGCAGACCAUCCAAGGACUUAUCGAGGCCGGCAACUACGAGGAAGCCAUCGAAGAAACAGCAGUACUGAUCAAGCUAGGCCUAGAAGGCCUUAGGUAUUUGCAGACAUAUGAUUGGCUAUUCCUGCGGGCUUUGAUCACGGUUGGAUACAUUGGCUGGAUAGGCUUUGCCUUGACCACCGUCAUCGACCUCCAUGUGCUGCAAGGAACAACACAGCCGAGCCGUUCCCCUGCUGGUGUCGUGCUCUUCUCGUCCGUCUUGGUCACCCUAUAUGCCUCUUUCAUUUCUUCUCAUUCACCCUUGACCUACUACGCCUAUGCAUUCUUUCCUGUAUUCUUCUGGGAGGAGGUCUACGCCCGUCGCGAAAGUCUAGCCAAAGGCCGCCAGGCCCUGUUUGGACACGUGCAGUCGGGAGGCAAAGUGCUGAACUUGAUCAUCAACGCUGUUUCCUAUCUUGGAAUUAUCGAGUCUCUGGCACUUGGCUACAUCCAUCGCGAGAUCCUCACCGUGCUUUUCUGCGUAGGGUCCAUAUAUCCGGCAGUCCUCGGUAUAUCUUUCCUGCAAGAGCAUGCCGUGCUCUCUGCCACGUGGUUUGUCUCUUGCUUGGUUAUGAGCACGUUCACACUUCUGCCGCCGGCCAUGAAGACAGAGAACGUCACCCUGAUCCUGCUUGGAGGCCUCGUUAUGGUUGGUGUCGGAAUAGCAUAUCUUGUAUUUGAGGAGAAAAUUCUGGCAGACUUCUCUGACGCAUCAACCCCGAAAUCCUCGAGGAGGGAAAACCACAUUUCCAGAGCUCUGAUUGGGAUUCAAAUCGGUCUCACCCUACUGGCAAUGUUUGUGACACGCUCCAGCGCCCUUUCACUCCAGGCAAAGCAAGGCUUGCCCCGCGGCAACUUCGUGGUUGGUUGGUUCACGCUAGUUAUAUCUCUCCUGAUGCCCCUGGCGCAUAGACUCCAGCCCAACCACCACUACCUCCAUCGGCUUCUAGUCAUCUUCCUCACAUUUGCGCCUACGUUCGUGAUCCUCACGAUUUCAUAUGAGGGCCUAUUUUACUGUGCGUAUUGCAUCACACUCCUCAGCUGGGUCCGCCUGGAGCAUUACAGUCAAAUCUUUGCCACAUCUCCACCAGAGCAUACGGGGUCCAAUGGGGCAACGAAACCCACAAGCUCUGUGGUCCCGUCGGAUUUCAGGCCUCUGAAGCUUUCUGAUGCGAGGGUGGCAUUGUUCUUCUUCGUGCUACUACAGUCGGCAUUCUUCAGCACAGGAAACGUGGCUUCCGUCUCAGGCUUCAGCUUGGAGAGCGUGUCUCGGCUCCAGCCAGUCUUCGACCCCAUCUCGCAAGGAGCGUUGCUCAUCUUGAAGAUCAUGAUUCCAUUCGCCCUGAUUUCGGCGAACCUGGGCAUCCUGAACAAGAGGCUAGGCGUUGCGCCCUCGGCGCUCUUCAUGGUCGCCAUGGCGCUCAGUGACGUGUUGACGCUCUACUUCUUCUGGGUCGUCAAGGACGAGGGCUCGUGGCUGGAGAUCGGAUCCACCAUCAGCCACUUUGUCAUUGCGAGCCUCUUGUGCGUCUUCGUGGCCGCGCUGGAGGGUGUCAGUGCUAUAUUUAUCUCGGGUAUCAAAGUCGACAAGGGCAAGCCCACGCCUGACCAGAAGCGCGCGAUCAAUGGCAACGGCGCGGCGAUGGAUACUGUGGCUGAAUUAGUCGUUGGCGAGGCUAAGGAGAAAGAGCCAGUCGCGGGGGAACAGACGUAG